AUGUGGCUGACCGCACCUCACCUCGGCUUCCUUGUAGCGCCUGUUCUUCUUCAUGAAGUAACCCGAGGAACAGGAAUCAGUUGUGUUGGUCUAGAUAUUAAAGCUGGAAACGGCUCCAAUUACUAUUUGGACGCCGCAGCUCCGUCCCUGUUGACCUCUCUGCUAACUCCAUCCUCCCCUCAUUCUUGGAGAAGAUGGCAAGGAAUGUCUGCCCCAUAUGCGAACGUAGCAGGAGCUUCCUCUGGAGCAUUCUCGCUGUUGCCGCACAUCCAAAUGGCUGCAGCUGCAAGUUCCCCCGCAGAGGUACAAAGAGAGGAGGGAGAGGAGCUGGGCAAUGCUUCCUUGCGUCCUACCAAUGCGAGUGAGCAGCAUGCAGAUGCAGGUGCCCGUUCACCUCAUGGACAUCGGCGAGGCAAUGGCCCACAACAGCCGAAUGCGAGGACAAGGGCAAACGCGCAUGCACAUCCAAAGCAAGAAGACGCCCACCUCACAGCCACAGCGGACCCUCCUGAUGCAGGUGGCAAUACAUAUGGGUCAGAACUCACUGCGAUUAGAGCCAAACAAAGGGGCCGACCGGGGGAGAAAUUCAGAGAUGAAUACAAGCCAUCAGAUUUCGCCGUUGAUUCUGUAGACCUAGACUUUUUCCUAGAAGAAACAAACACCAAGGUGAUAGCCACUAUAAUUAUGCAGCGAACUAUCGGCACAUCCCCUACAGACUUGGUCUUGAAUGGGGAGGAAUUGGACCUCGUCUCUUUGACAUUGAACGGGAAGAAAAUAAGCGAUUCAGGCAACCCCAAUGCGAUGGCUGACGGUGAAGAGGGCUACCGUCUCGGCAGCGACGGCAGUUUGAUAAUCAGUAAAGCUGUUCUUCCUAAGGAAGCAGGGGAAUCCUUUACCCUCCAAACACAGGUGGAUAUUCACCCGAAAGCAAACUUAAAACUUAGAGGACUGUAUGCCUCUGGGAGUGCUCUGGUGACGCAGUGUGAGGCUGAAGGAUUCAGGAGAAUAACAUAUUUCCUGGACAGGCCUGAUGUGCUGGCAAAGUAUACUGUUCGUCUGGAAGCAAACAAGGAAAAAUAUCCUGUCCUCCUAAGCAACGGCAACAAGACAGAGGAAGGACCCGUGCAAGAUUCUCCCGACCGUCACUUCGUGGUUUUCACAGACCCUCAUCCCAAGCCGAGUUAUCUUUUUGCAAUUUUGGCAGGCGAUUUUGCUGCUAUAGUGGACACAUUUACCACCAAAAGUGGCAAAGAAGUUGCACUUGCGGUUUACAGCGAGCCGGAACAGAUGCACAAGCUCAAUUGGGCAAUGCACAGCGUGAAGGUGAGCAUGAAAUGGGAGGAAGACCAUUUUGGAAGGGAGUAUGAUUUGGAUACCUUUAACGUCGCAUGCGUCUCUGACUUCAAUGCCGGGGCCAUGGAGAACAAAGGCCUCAAUAUCUUCAAUUGCUCUCUUCUCCUCGCAAGCAUGCAAACCAGCACAGAUGACGAUUUUGAACGCGUCCUUGCAGUUGUCGGGCAUGAAUACUUCCACAACUGGACAGGCAACCGCGUGACAGUCCGGGAUUGGUUUCAAUUGACACUAAAGGAAGGCCUAACGGUGUUUCGGGAACAGCUGUUCAUGGGAACUUUUAUGUCUGCCGGAGUACAGCGGAUUAAAGAAGUUGCAGAUUUGAUUUCACGGCAAUUCCCAGAAGAUGACGGCCCCAUGGCUCAUCCCAUACGCCCAGAGAGUUACUUGGCUAUGGAUAACUUCUACACAGCCACAGUUUAUGACAAGGGCGCAGAGGUCGUACGCAUAUACUACACCUUGCUUGGUGCCUCUGGGUUCCGGAAGGGAAUGGAUUUGUACUUCAAACGCCACGAUAAUAAGCCAGCCACCUGCGACGACUUUCGGGCCGCCAUGGCGGAUGCAAACGGCAUAAACCUGGACCAAAUGGAUCGUUGGUACAGUCAGGCUGGCACACCACGCCUCGAAGUUCUGCGGUCUGAGUACAAAGAAGAUGAAAAAGCCUUCGAAAUAAGCUUUAGGCAGCAUACCCCGCCGACUCGGGGCCAAGAGACCAAGCGGCCCCAACUCAUUCCUAUCAAGAUCGGGCUCAUAGGGAGGGCUUCCCACCAAGAUUUGCUGCAACCCGCAGUGGUGUUAGAGAUGACGGAAGAGGAACAGACAUUUCGAGUCAGAGGUGUACGAGAAGACUGCGUACCUUCAAUAUUGCGGGGGUUCUCCGCUCCAGUGCGUUUGAUAAACCGUCCCCAGACAGCCAAAGAAAGCGCAUUUCUUCUGGCUUACGACACGGAUCCAGUGACCAAGUGGUUCGCUUCCAGGGCCCUGGCAACACCAAUCGUUAUUUCCCGUUCUAAGCGGAUCUCUGCAAAAGGAAAUGCACAGAAGCUCGAACAACUUCCCGAUGAUUACGUCGAGGGACUGAGGACAAUCCUUACCGACCAGGCGACGGACAACGCACUGAAGGCACUCAUCCUGCAGCUGCCUGACUGGAAUGGUCUUUCUACGGAGAUGAGGCCCGUUAAUCCAGAAGCGCUGCACAAAGCCAUAAGAACGGUUAAGGCGGACUUGGCGACUGCGCUGAAGCCUGAAAUGAGUGAGUUGUAUAAACAGCUCACCCUUCCCACCGAUCAGGAGGACGAGGUGACGGAGGAGGCAACCGGCAGAAGGAAGCUACGGAAUACUUUGCUGCACUUCCUUUCGGCUAUGGGCGAUGAAGAGGCGGUGGAAAGGGCAUAUAAGCACUUCACAGAGGCAAAAUGCAUGACAGAUAAAUACGCAGGCCUCAUUGCCCUCAGUAAUAUACCCGUUAUGCAACGAGAGAAGGCCUUUUCGCGCUUCUACGACGACGCAGCAGGAGACUCUCUUGUGGUUGACAAGUGGUUCAAAGCUCAAGCUCUCUCAGACCUGCCAGACCAAGUGGAACGCAUAGCCGCCUUGCUGCAUCAUCCUGCCUUCUCUCUGAAGAAUCCCAACAGACUGCGGUCUUUGGUGUAUGCGUUUGCUGCUGUCAAUCAUGUCCACUUCCACAGGAGCGACGGGAAAGGCUAUGAACUCCUCGCGGGGGUCAUUCUCCAGGCCGACCGCAUCAACCCCGUGGCUGCUUCGCGGGGGGCAAAGAUAUUUCUACCUUGGAGGCAAUACGAUGAACAACGGCAGCAACUGAUUCAGCAGCAGUUGCAGCGCAUUCUCGCAGAACCUUCCUUGUCAAGAAAUGUCCGGGAAGUCGUCGUGUUGGCACUUGACUCUCCUCCCCCUCCGCAGCCUACACUUCCGCAGGCGCUCGAGUCAGAAGCCUGA